UGACCUGACGUGGCAUGAUGCAGGAAGUUAGUUGUAAACUGCAACCACUGUGCAGAAUACCUUAUGGCUAUAACACCAUGUAAAAAGCCGGGUUUUAAAGCGGCUCUCUGGUAGCACAUGGCAGCAGAGGAAGCUGGAGGUGUCGGCUGGGCUCCGGCCUGCCUGUGUGUCCUCUGCGGGCUGCCUGCGGCUGGGAAGUCCACGCUGGCCCACAAGGUCCUCAGCACCGCUGCACAGCAAGGAUGGAGAGCCAGUUUGGUGCCGUAUGACAACCUUAUCCCGGAGCAUGCCUUUCAGACCAAAGUGGUGGAGGACGGUGUCAAACUGCAAGAAAUGCACACUGAAUGGAAGUCACAUAGACAAGCAGUUUUGCGGUGCAUCGAGCAGUUCUUGGUGAAACCUCAAGUUUUGGCCGAGUUGCCGAGCCGCUGCCAGAUCAACAGGGCUGCGUGGGAACAGUGUAUUCAAACUCUACGGCAGCCUGAAGUUCUGCGCCACUCUCACGCUGACUGCAUACCACUAAUUUUUCUACUGGAUGACAAUUUCUACUAUCCAAGCAUGAGAUAUGAAGUGUACCAACUUGCAAGAAAGUAUUCUCUGGGUUUCUGUCAGGUGUAUCUGCAGUGUGAUCUGGAAUCCUGCAUCAGCAGAAACCAGAGCAGGUCUGAACCAAUUCCCACUGAGGUGAUACUGGAGAUGGUGAAGCGUUUGGAGCCUCCAAAUCCACAGAAGAACUCAUGGGAAACAAACAGCAUUUCACUCAACACCACAGACAAUUUGGCCAAAUGUGACAUCCAGAGGGUCAUGGAGUUGAUCACCUCUGCACUGAGCAACCCGCUGAGCCCGGUUCAGGACAACACAGAACAAACGGAGGCUGACCGCCUAAAAUGUGCCACUAGUGUGGUUCACCAGGCCGACCAGGCCUGUCGACGCCUCAUCUCUGAAGCCAUGAAGACAGCCAGAGACAACCAAAUACCCCCUGAGCACAUGAGGUCUUUGGCUGCUCAGCUAAAUGAAUCCAAAGCAACAUUUCUUCACAGCCUGCGGAGGCAGCUGCUUCAGGAAGUCCCUUUCACUCAAGAAGAGGACAUUAAUGUAGAGCGUGUGGUGAAAACCGCAAUGAACGUUUUUGACCAUGAGAAAAAGGAAAUCCUGUUGAGAAUCAUGAAUGAAAAUAAAUGACUUGAAUCUUUUAUUAAAUUUUCACAAAGGCAGAUUUAAUCGUGUCAAAAGUCACCAGUGAAUGUGCUCUAUUUAAUUCAGUGUAAAUAAAAUGUACUUUUGCUUA